UAGCUGUUAGAGCUUUGCUGUGAACUUGAACACACUCUGCAGUCCUGCCCUUCAGAAGAACAUCUUUUCCGUCAUUUUAUCUACUUCCACUCCGCUUUACACAUGCGAAGGAGUAUCUAUCUGUGCUGCUUUAAGAGUUUCCAUGGAGGCACGUGCCAGCCACAUGUUAGAAGCUGCCUUGGAGCAAAUGGAUGACAUUAUAGCUGGCAAAAUGUGUGAAGGUCUUUUCAGUCCUCCGAUGCAGCCGUGUGACCAAGGUUACAAAUCUUCAGAUGUUGACCCAGAGGUGCCCCUCCCCAUGCCUGUGGACCCUGCUUUUGAGGCACUUCAGCUGAUGGAGGUCCUCAGGGCUGUGCUGGAGGGCCAGAGCAGUGAGGAAAAGCAGGGUGCUCUCUGUAAACAAACGUCUACAGACACAGCAAAUGUUAUAUUAAAAUGGCUGCAAAGAGAUGAGGCAAACCUCACCUUAAACAACAGCAGUGAGUCCUAUCAAGAGAGGUUAUCACGUCUGGAGGGAGACAAAGAGUCACUAAUUCUGCAGGUGAGUGUGCUGACAGACCAGGUGGAGGCUCAAGGGGUGAAGAUCCAUGAUUUGGAAAGUUCUUUGGUGGAGCAUCAACACAAACUCAACAAUACAGAAGAGAUGCUACAGCAGGAACUCGUGCAUAGGACGUCACUGGAGAAACAGAAGCUGAAUCUUAUGGGGGAGGUCUCUUAUCUGAAACUGAAGCUGGCAAACAUGGAGGGAACGCAGGUCCACGGGGCGGAGAGGCAGCACAAAGCUGAGACUGUAGUGAAUUUCAUUAGUGAACUGCAGGAGCAGAUGUGUCAAUUUCAGAAGGAGAUCAAUAGCAAGAUCCAGGAGAAAAAGGCCUUGGAGAUCUCGACUGACAGCAGGUUUCCAGUGGUGGGCCCCACUGAGUCCCCUGAGGGCCGAAGCAAAAACUUCACGGUGUCCUGUGAUGGACCCUCGGGGUGUAUGCAGAAGCUAGAGGAGACUCCAGACAGACCUUUGGGGAACCUGGGAGAGGGUAGCUCAGAUGCAGAGCAGCUGUGCCACUGCGGAGGAGAAAGAGUUUUGCUAAAGGAGCUCAGGAUUCUCAAGGACAAAGUGCAGUAUCUGGAGGACCAGAAGUUACAAUACGAAAAGAAGCUCAAGGCAACCAAGGCAGAGAUCGGCAGCCUUCAGCAACUUCUCCUCACAAAGAAUGCAGAAAUUGAGAGCUUGCACACUCAGUUGCUGGCCAGGCCUCCUCUGACGACAGAGAUCUCAGAGAGAGAGGAGAUGUACAGGAAAAGACUAAGCACCAAAUAUCAAGAACUCCAAAGACUUCGCAGUGGAAUGAAAUCACUGGUUGCUACCAAUGAUGAAAAAGACAGACAGAUUGAAGAGCUCACUCUGCUCCUGAAUCAGUGCAGACAGUUCAGAGAUGUUACUCACAUCUCAAGACAAGCUCCAUCUGCUGUCAGUUCAUUGUCAAAUGGUCGGACUGCUUCAAGUAGCAGUGAGGAAGGAGACCAGAUCCUGACCAAGACGGUUGACUCUGCCAGUACAAAAUCCGACGACGUGAAGUCUGAGGUUUCAACAAAUAGUUCGUCUUCCCAGCAAGCAUCAAUCCAGACAGAUUGCGAUUCCAGAACGGAGCUACAGAUUUUAUCAAGUAGCUUGAAUGACAUAACAAACGGACAUUCACCCAAGUUUCUCCGUGGUGGUCUGGGUGACAGUAGAAGUCAGACUUUGCCCGUGAAUUCUACUCUCCUGGAACAAAAUGAGACCGAUGAUACAGACAUUCAAAAAAAUCCAGUUGAAGAUGGAGACUCGUGCCAAAGAAAGUUGGAGAGAGCCCAUGACGGCACACCCAGUGAGAAUUCCCCUGCUCAUUGUGAGGCACAGCCUGGCCAGCGAGCUGUGGGAUCUCCUGAAUACAUGAAGAACAAUAGGAGCUUCAAGAGAUUCUGGGGAAAGCUUCGAAGAACCCAGUCUGGCGGCUUCCAGCCUGCAGAUCCAGACGCGGGUCAGUUCAGAAGAGGAGGCUUACGUGCAACAGCGGGGCCCAGACUUACCCGAACUCCUGAAUCCAACCCCACACGCGACCUGAAUAUUCCAUUCAGUCAGUGGACCAAGGAGCAGGUGUGUGGCUGGCUUGAAGACUACGGGCUUGGCCAGUACAUCAACCUCACCAGACAGUGGGUUGAAAAUGGGCAGACGCUUUUGGCAGCCACACCUCAAGACUUUGAGAAGGAGAUGGGCAUGAAACAUACCCUUCACAGGAAAAAGCUCCAACUUGCUCUGAGGGCCUUUACUUCAAAGGUUGCAGAGAAAUCGUCAGAGCUGGAUCACAUCUGGGUCACCCGCUGGCUGGAUGAUAUUGGUUUGCCUCAAUAUAAAGACCAAUUCCAUGAGGCUCGAGUUGAUGGCCGGAUGAUCCAGUAUCUCACAGUGAACGACCUCUUGACUCUAAAGGUCACCAGCCAGCUUCACCAUCUCAGCAUUAAAUGUGCCAUUCAUGUUCUUCAUGCCAAUAAGUUCAACCCAAAUUGUCUUCGACGCAGGCCAGGCGAAGAGGUGGAUAAAAACAAAAAGAACCAAGUUGAAACUAAAAAUAUACUUGAGAAACAUCCCUCUCCUUCAGAGGUAGUGCAGUGGUCAAACCACUGUGUAAUGGAGUGGCUAAGAGCAGUUGAUCUCGCUGAGUAUGCGCCUAAUCUACGGGGGAGUGGCGUUCAUGGUGGCCUGAUUAUCUUGGAGCCUCGCUUCAGUUCUGAGACUUUGGCGCUGCUUUUAAAUAUUCCUCCACAGAAGACUUUGCUCCGACGUCAUCUUGCUACUGCUUUUGCUGCCCUGGUUGGGCCUCAAGCCAUGCAGGAGAAACGAGAGUACGGCAACGCCACUGGCCAUGUCCCACUUACUACCACUGCUAAAGUCAAACCAAAGAAGCUGGGCUUCACCCAAUUCAGUCAUCUCAGAAAGAGGAAACCCGAUGAAUCUGCAGACUUUAUUUGCCCAAUUGACAGCGAGGCGCUAACAGUGAACGGAGUUUCCCGGGUGCUCACUCCAGCACACAGAGGCUUUAGCUCAACUUUGGACAGACAAGCUGAAAAGUGGCAACCAGCAGCUGUAAAAGCUCACAGUAAUGUUCCAGAUAACAACUGAAUAAACAAGAAACUCAGUUUUAUCUUCCACUUAUUGACUUAAAAUUUGCUGAAAGAUUAUUAUGGCUUUUCACCAGGAUGUAUUUCUGUUGGGAUUUGCUGGAUGGGUUUGGAAGACUAUGAAUACAUACGAGUGUUUUAUUUAUCAUUGUCUUUUUUGAUCAGAUGUAAGAUUGAAUAUCUCAGUAUUUAAGAGUUAAACGUAUCUAAUACGACGUGAAUGGUAUUACAAAGGCUGCUCCCGGCAUUCCUUAUGAAGAUUGAUUCCAAAGCUUACCCCACUGCUUUAAAACUGUUUUAUUGACCAUUUUGUAUCUAAAUAUUUCUGUAUUUUUUAAAAUGUAAAUUAGGAUUGUAUAUACAGCUUAAUUAUUGACGUGAGGUACUUCAAGGUUGUGUCUUUUUAUUUUUUGGAAUUGUUAUUUUUGGCAUUUGAUUUAGUAUAUUAGAUCUUAAAAUUGUGUAAAUUGCAUUCUGCUAAUUAAACAGUUAACCUAAUUGGAACAUAAAAUUGUCAUUCAUUAAUAUGCCUUAAUAAAUUGUAGGUUUCCAAUAUUUCUGAAGCUUUUAA